UAUAUUAGUAAACAUAAACAGAUGAUUUUUUAAAGACAUUUUAUUUUAUUAGUUAAAUUAUAAAAUAUUUUAAAAAUGGAGAAAUUUCGAAAAGUUUUUAGCAAAAGAACAUCAAUAAUUGGGAUGAUUCACUUAAACCCGCUACCAGGAACACCAAAUUACAAAAAUGGAACGUUUGAUGAGAUUAUUGAGAAAGCGAAAUUUGAAGCUAAUGUUUAUCUUCAAAAUAAUAUCGAUGGCAUUCUAAUAGAGAACAUGCACGACAUUCCGUACAUAAAAAGUAACAAGUUCGGUCCUGAAAUAGUCGCAACAAUGACAACAGCAGCAUUGGAAGUAAAGAAGCUUUGUUAUCGUAAGCAUCGAAAUUUCCCCAUAGGAAUUCAAGUGUUGGCUGGUGGAGGACGAGAAGCAGUAGCUAUUGCCAAAAGUAUAGGAUUAAAAUUCAUCCGCAAUGAAGGCUAUGUGUUUGCUCAUGUUGGAGAUGAAGGCAUGAUUGAAUCAAAUGCUGGUGAAUUAUUACGUUAUAGACGAAUGAUUGAUGCUGACAAUAUUAUGAUUUUUAAUGAUAUUAAGAAGAAGCACAGUUCGCAUGCCAUAACAUCUGACUUAUCACUUCUCGAUACAGCACAUGCAGCAAUGUUUUUCAAGUCCGAUGGAUUAAUUCUUACAGGAAAAUCAACAGGCGAUGCAACAAAUGUCGACGACGUCCGAAUUAUAUCGAAUAAUCGUAAAAUGCUGAAUAAUGUUCCAUUGCUCAUUGGAUCGGGAGUAACAAGAGAUAAUUUGAGAGAUUAUAUGGGAAUUGCUGAUGCUUUGAUUCUUGGAUCGUAUUUUAAAGUCCAUGGAAAUUGGGAAAAUGAUUUAUCGGAUGAAAGAAUUAAGGACUUUAUGAAACAUGCUGAUGAGAUUGAGAAGACGUUAAAGGAGGUGUAGGGUGUGAUUUUGUGAAACUUUUUGAUAUGUGUUGAAUAAAAAAUUCGUUAAAAUUAUUAAAUUUGAACCUAUUUGGCAAGAUUUUGGCUUCAGGGGCCGGAUACUGAAGCUACUUAGAAUACAGCUCCCUAAAAUGUGAUCAAACCUCUCGAGGGGAUCAACUAAAUUGUAUUUUAUACUUUUUUAAACUUUAGGAUAGUCAAGCUGAAUAUUAAAAUAAAUAUCCGGCAUCAAGCUGUUGUGAUUGAUGCUAGUCUUAAAUCGAAUCCAGUAUUGUGCCAGACUUACGCUAUCAUGAAGCCGAAUUUCUAUUUGACUAACCGACUUGUUCUAUUCGGGAAAACCAGAUGUUCAACCUUAAGCAUCCCAAAACCUCAUAGAAGCUCCGUCUAGUCCAAUUACUCAUCAACAUUCAAAACACUUUUUCCUUCACAAAAAUUUCCCACGUUCACAAACAAAAUAAUUUAAAAUAAAUUAGCCGUGAAAUUGAUGAAUCUAGUAAGGAAAGAUUCUUCUUCCUUCGUCGUCGAUUGCUUUUGCUGAUGCUGCUGUUGUCUUAAAUUACGUACAGCAUUUUCCCUCUGAUAAGUCAAACUCGAGACAAUCAAAUUUUCUUCAUCAAAUUUAACACGUUUUCGUGGAACUUCCACAUCAUUUUCCUCUUUUUUGUUAGUAAUAAAUUGAGAGAAGCGAUUAUUACCCUGAGACAUGCUAUCGUCAUGUUGAUAAGACAAGUAAUGCUCACCAUCUUGAUUAUGGAUUGAUGUUAAAAUUGAUUUUUUUGCUCGUGUCGCAUUUUCUGCCGUUUUAAAGCCAAACUUCUCCUUGAUGGAUGUAAAAAUUGAUUUAUUUUCAACAUUUUCUGCGUCAUUUUGUUCAGUCUCGGAGUGUUUUCUUUUUAGUAGACGACGUGAAGCGCCAUGAAAGCAUCCGUGCUGUUCCUUUUCUAAUUCAAUAUCUGUACAGCUCACAUUUGCUCCAUAGAAAAUUUUGUCGUAUUGCUGAA